UCUGCAGCAGAUCGUAGUUUGGCAGAGAUUCAGAAACACUGAUACUGUACGUGUGUGUGUGUGUGUGUGUGUGUGUGUGCGCAUGUCCUUGUCAGGGUGAAGCGAGGCAGCACAGCUCGACACACACCGCCACAGACAUGAAUCACCUACUGAAAGUCCCAGUUCUGGCCAGCCGUGCCUUCAGCAGCUCUGCCAGACAGCUGAGGAACAAAGUCCCCGAGGCCCAGAAACUCUUCCAGGAGGACAACGGGUUGCCGGUCCACAUCAAGGGAGGAACCAGUGACGUCCUGCUCUACCGGGCAACCAUGACACUGACUAUAGCAGGAACCUGCUACUCUCUGUACUGGCUGCUCGUCGCCUCGAUGCCUCAGAGGAAAGCAUAGAGAAGACGCGACCCCGGGCUCGGUCUAUGGCAUGGAGAACGACGCUCGGCUCCGUCUAACACUACUGUUUGUUGUGUACAAUUCCAUUUGAUGUUAUCACGAGCCGUCCUACUUUCAUCAUGGCAACGAUGAAUAUGUAAAAAGUGUAAAAAAUAAACUCACGCCUGCAGAGUUUUCA